AUGGCUGACUCAACUGAGCCACAGGCUGUCGAACGUCGACGCGAGCAGAACAGGCUUGCUCAACGCAAGAGACGUGACACCGUGAGAUCGCAGCUGCAACAGCUUCAAGCAGACAAUGAAGAGUUACGCGCCUUUAAGGAGCAGAUAGUGAAAGCAACCCAGGCAGGGCGAGUGCCUCGCAGCACCAUGGAUAUUUCGGCGGGGUUUCUCAGAUCUCCAAGCAGUUCUGCCCGAAGUCCUGCAGUGACGGCCGAGACAUUCUCACUCAUGAGUAGCGACGAGGAGUUUGCACCAGACAUGAAGGCCCUGGAGCCGUUCCUAGCAAAUUUCAGCACCGGGGGCGUCGGCCUUCGGCAUGGUGACCAUACCCAGGUGCUGUCGCCAGCAGGUUCGAUAACGUACCACACAACGUCUGACACUCUCCGUACCCCAGAGCCGGCGGACGAUCUAGGCUACGUACAUCUUGGUCAUGGCCUCGGCCCUGGUCCUGAAUCCUUCUGCAACCGCAGCAGUGGAGAUGGCAGGCAUGAUGCGCUUCGGAUCGCUGUGGCGAAUGGCCAUCUCUCGAUGGUACAGCUCCUAUUGAAGCACGGAGCGGACGUGAACGCGCCAGCGGGGGAGCUGGAGCGGACCUCACUGCAUGAUGCCGCUGCAGCAGAUGAUGCAAAGAUGGUGGAACUGCUGCUCGACCAUGGGGCUGACGUUAGCGCUGUCGACAAAUCGGGCAUGACGGCUCUGCAAGUAGCAGCGUCGUUGGGCAAUGUGGAGGUUGCCGGGAUUUUCCUGCAGUGGAAAGGCUGA